UGGCAGUCCAGGGGCGGGUUGCUGUUCAUAAACGGCACCCGCCAUUUUGGACUGUGGGCGCUCCCUGGGAGCGCGCAUCACCGCGAUCCGGUGCCCGCUGUGUCCUCCGGCCACAGUGGAACACCGAUCGUUGUACGGGACCUCUGUGCGAGAUCCCGAUCAUGUGAUCACUUCUGACAUCAUUGCUUACUACGUGUGAAAUCUAUGAAUGAUCACAGAGAUCACAUGCCUUGUACCAUGUGACAAGCUGUGACCAAUCACAGCUCACACAGUA